AUGCGAACAUCAUCACCCUGCACAAAAACAAGGGUGACAGAAGUGACUGCAACAACUAUUGAGGCAUUGUGGGGAAAGUCUUGCCUUGCCCGCCUACAGACCCUUGCCUCCUGUGUCUACCCUGAGUCCAAGUAUGGCUUCUGUGCAGGCCGGUCAAUAGUAGACAUGGUAUUCUUCCUGCGCCAGCUCCAAAAGAUGUGCCAGGAACAGCAGAUGCCUCUCUAUCUUGCCUUCAUCGAUGUAACAAAAGCGUUCGACAUGGUCAGCAGGAGUGGACUCUUCCAGAUUGGCUGCCCCCCACACCUGCUUGCUGUCAUCACAUCAUUCCACGACAACAUUCGCAGCACAGUGUGUGUCAACUGUGCCACGUUCAGGGCCUGUACUGUCAGCAGUAGUGUUAAGCAGGGCUGUGUCAUUGUGCCAACGCUUUUUGGCAUCUUCUCCAUGUUCCUUCAGUACACCUUCAAGGACUGCAGCAAAUGGGUGUACAUCCAAACAAGAGCUGAUGGCAAGCUUCAACAUUGCCCAUCUCCGUGCCAAGACCAAAGUGAGAGAGGUGCUCUUCGCGGAUGA